ACUCGUCGGUAGUUGGCCCCCCUCUCCCCAUCUCCUUCUUGCCGAGCGACACAGCCCCCUCGCUCCGUGCAUCUUCUUCCUCGGAGCUCCUUCUUCCUCCUCGCGCGAGCGCCGCCACCCAUCCCGCUGCCGAGCGCCCGAGCCCCCUAGCUCGUCUUCCUCCUCGCUCGAGCGCCUCCACCGCAGGUCGUUGAGCAAAGGGCAAGAAGAAAUCUGGCCUAAUUGUCCCCAAAGAUGCCUGGAAUUGCAGUGGAUGGAAUUGUUACGGAGGAGGUGCCGAAUGAGGUGAAUUCUUCUCAAAACAAGGAGAAUUUGUCAGCCCCAAGGUCGCCUGUGGCCUCAAACAUGAUGGCAAGCAUGCAAAGCGAGACACUUGAGAUGCACGUUGAGAAUUCUGGUGCUGGGGAGCCCUCAAUCGAGCAGCUCUACAACAAUGUGUGUGAGAUGGAGAGCUCGAGUGAGGGUGGGUCCCCUUCACGUGAGAGCUUUGGGUCGGAUGGGGAGGAGUCAAGGAUUGACUCGGAGCUUCGCCACCUUGUUGCUGGGGAGAUGGAGGCCAUGAAGGUAAUUGAGGAGGAGGAGGAGACUGGAGGUGCUGCCAAUGUUGUGACUCCUGUUGAGAAUGGGACCCCUGCCAAGGCACUGUCGUCUAAUUCAUCCAAGAAAUCGAAGAAGGCUACAAAAUCACAGCUUGAAUCUGAUGCCUCUGUAGGCCCUAAUGGCAAGGCAUCCCCUGAGGAAGGUGAGAGUGAGGUCAGCAAACCUGGAAGCCGAGUUGGCCGUCGCCGUAAAGCUAGUGUCAAUCCACAGAAUGGAGCAGAAGAGGCUGGCCUCGAUAAUCCAGACCUUGGUCCAUUUCUUCUUAAGCAUGCAAGAGACCUGAUUGCCUCUGAUAAUCCACGGCGAGCACUGAAAUACGCACUCCGUGCCACCAAGUCAUUUGAGAGAUGCACAGGUGGAAAGCCAAGCUUGAACUUGGUGAUGAGUUUGCAUGUCGUGGCUGCAAUCCACUGCAACUUGGGAAAGUACGAAGAGGCUGUACCUGUGCUACAGCGAUCCCUCGAGAUCCCUGUGACCGAGGAAGGUCAAGAGCAUGCUCUUGCAAAGUUUUCUGGUUGCAUGCAAUUGGGGGACACCUAUGGGAUGCUAGGUCAGACAGCACUCUCCCUGCAAUGGUAUGCCAAGGGGCUUGAUAUCCAGAAGCAGACAUUGGGGGAGCAAGAUCCAAGGGUUGGAGAGACUUGCCGGUACUUGGCUGAGGCUCAUGUGCAGGCACUGCAAUUAGAUGAAGCACAAAGAUUGUGCCAGAUGGCUCUUGACAUCCACAGGGAUAAUGGUCAGCCGGCAUCACUUGAAGAAACGGCUGAUAGGAGGCUCAUGGGCCUUAUUUGUGACACAAAGGGUGACCAUGAAGCUGCAUUAGAACAUCUAGUGAUGGCUAGCAUGGCCAUGGUGGCCAACGGCCAGGAAACUGAGGUGGCCUCAGUGGACUGCAGCAUUGGUGACAUUUAUCUGUCAUUGGGUCGAUAUGAUGAGGCCGUGUGUGCUUACCAGAAAGCUCUUACAGUAUUCAAAACUAGCAAAGGGGAGAAUCAUGCAACUGUGGCUUCUGUUUUUCUACGGCUUGCAGAUCUAUACAACAAGACAGGGAAACUGAGGGAGUCAAAAUCUUACUGUGAAAAUGCUCUCAAAAUUUAUCAGAAACCCAUUCCUGGCACGUCUCUUGAAGAGAUUGCCACUGGUUUAACUGAUGUUUCAGCCAUAUAUGAGACCAUGAAUGAGCAUGAUCAAGCACUGAAGUUGCUCCAGAAGGCCUUAAAGAUGUACAACAAUUCUGCUGGCCAACAGAGCACAAUUGCUGGAAUUGAAGCUCAGAUUGGCGUCUUGCAAUAUAUCUCAGGGAAUUAUGGAGAGGCGUACAACUCCUUCAAGAGUGCGAUUACUAAGCUCCGCACAUGUGGUGAGAAAAAGUCAGCCUUCUUCGGCAUUGCCUUGAACCAGAUGGGGCUGGCAUGUGUUCAAAGAUACUCGAUUAAUGAAGCUGCAGAACUCUUCGAGGAAGCUAGAACCGUUCUGGAGCAAGAAUAUGGCCCAUAUCAUCCAGAUACUCUGGGAGUGUACAGCAAUCUUGCUGGAACUUAUGAUGCAAUGGGAAGACUGGACGAGGCCAUUGAGAUCUUGGAAUAUGUUGUUGGAAUGCGCGAAGAGAAGCUAGGCACCGCUAACCCAGAUGUCGACGACGAGAAGCGGAGGCUUGCAGAGUUACUGAAGGAGGCUGGCCGUGGGAGAAGCAGGAAGGCGAAAUCCCUCGAAAAUCUGCUUGAGACCAACCCGUAUACCGUCACAAAGAGGAGUACCGUCGCAGCAUGAAUGAAUCAUACUGCUCUGAAAGGAGGAGAAAAAAAGAAGGAAACUUGACUCGAGAGCGGUGGUAAGAAUUGGUGCAUCAAUUCGUUUAUUCGGACCUGGUGAGAGGGGUAAAUGGGAAUAGCGGGAUUGUUUAAGAAAUCUAGAGGUACGAAAAUGUUCUGAUUGAUUGUUGUAAAGUUACAAAGGCUAUUAUCGCCGGUUGGUUAUUACUUGUUCAGUGUCCUGGGCUCUGCGUCUUUGCUGUUCUUGUAUAAGCGAGUGCUGCUUUGCAGUAGUUGUGUGCGGCGUUUUGGUUGGUUGCCCUGUCUGUCGCAGUAUAUAAUAUGGACAAUUAUAGUUCCCUUCUAAUAAUGAUGAUGGUACUACCAAUUGAAUAAUACAGCUCAUUUGACCC